GCCAAGCAUCCUGAGCUGCUGCUGCCGGUUCUCUUGUUUAAACUCAGAACCAACAACCAACGGACCGGCCGAGGAAAAACACAUCAGAGACAAAACAUUCCACUUCAGGAGAUCUUUCAACAGGUAAAAUAUGUUAAAGUGGACCGUGCUCCUGUCUUUAUGUUUAAGUAUCUCCUCUGCAACAUUUAACUAUCUUUAUGAGCAGAGAUCCUUCAUGGAUCCAGAGGACAUUCUGACUGUGAGCAUUCCUCUGGAGGGCUUACAGCGCCCCCUGCUGGGAGAAACUCUGCUACUGCAGUGCUACUUUCAGGACCACUCUGUUGAAGAUUCUGGUUUUCCCCCCGACACUCCCCUUUCCCACCGUAUCAAAUGGAGCUACGUUACAAAGGAAAAGACGACUACCAUCCUUGUGGCUUUGGAGGGACGGGUCCGCAUCAGCGAAAGUUAUCUGGACAGAGUUCAGCUGCAGAGCUACCCCCAGACUCCAACAGAUGCCAGCAUCAAAAUAUCGGAGCUACGUUCCAGUGACACAGGAGCGUAUCGCUGUGAAGUUCAGAUUGGCAUUGAGGAUGCCUAUGACAUUGUGCAUGUCCUUGUUCAAGGUAUUGUGUUCCACUACCGGCCCUUUAUGGGUCGCUACACUUUGACUUUUGAGAAAGCGAAGGCAGCAUGUGCCCAGAACAGUGCAGUCAUUGCUUCUCCAGAGCAGCUUCAAGCAGCAUUCGAAGAUGGUUUCCACCAGUGCGACGCUGGCUGGUUGUCUGACCAAACAGUGCGGUACCCAAUCCACGAGACUCGCAUGAACUGCUAUGGUGACAAAGAGGAACUCCCGGGGGUCAGGACGUAUGGCAUGAGAGAUCUCAAUGAGACGUAUGAUGUUUACUGCUUUGCAGAUAGGAUGCCAGGCAGAGUUUUUCACAGCACCUCUGCAGUGAAGUUCACCUUCUCUGAGGCUGCGCUGGCGUGUUCCUACCAAGGAGCUCGGCUAGCCACCACAGGUCAGCUGUACCUUGCAUGGCAGGGGGGUAUGGACAUCUGCAAUGCCGGCUGGCUGAGAGAUGGGAGUGUCCGCUACCCCAUCAAUAUUCGACGGCCACAAUGUGGAGGGGGUCUGCUGGGGGUGCGAACAGUUUAUCUCCACACAAACCAAACUGGAUACCCACUUCCUGAUUCACGCUAUGAUGCCUUCUGUUACACAGAUUCCCCUGAUGAUGAGGGUUCAGGCACAGAUGAGGGCAGUGGUGUUGGGAUUGUUACCACAGUGACGAAGAGUCCAGAGGUGUUCUUCAGCAAGACGACCACAGAGAGCGAAGCAGUUGGAGAGGUGGAGACCCAGCAGCCAUUUGAUCUGAGCCUCACCAGCAGCGAGAACCCCAACAAGCUGCCACCUCCUCAGCCAACAAACUUCACAGAUUUCACCUUUGACCUUAUUGAGGCAGUCACCAACCAGCCGGCUGUACAAAGGGAGCCCAGCAAAACCUCUGUCAUCUCUCCAGCAGGUGUGGUCUUCCAUUACCGCUCACCCACUGGCCGUUAUGCUCUCACAUUCGUUGAGGCUCAGUUGGCCUGCCAGGGUGUCAGAGGCGCCAUGGCCACACCACAGCAGCUGCAGCGAGCAUACGAGGAUGGAUAUCAUCAAUGUGAUGCAGGUUGGCUUCUGGACCAGACUGUGAGGUAUCCUAACGUGUUUCCUCGAGAAAAAUGUGCUGGAGAUCUUGGAGAUCAACCUGGAGUUCGGACGUAUGGCCUCAGACCAGCAGAGGAGAGAUACGAUGUUUACUGCUACACCGAGAAGAUCAAAGGAGAGGUUUUUCAUGUGGGAUCUGCUGAGGGUUUCACCUACGACGAGGCUGCUUCUGCCUGUGAAAACCACAAUGCGGUUCUGGCCUCCACUGGAGAGCUCUAUGCAGCCUGGAAACUGGGCUUGGACAAGUGCCGAGCAGGCUGGCUACUGGACCGCAGCGUUCGCUACCCCGUCAACAGCCCCCGUCCUGGGUGUGGAGGAGAGAAAUCAGGGGUGCACAAUUUGUACUCUCCUCCAAACCAAACACACUACCCUGAAGUUGAUUCCAGAUUUGAUGCAUACUGUAUAAGAGUUGGCUUUCUGUCUGAAUCAAAUGGAACUGAACUGAACAUCACAGACAUCCAGAAGGCUCUACCCAACCAGACAUCAGAUACUGAUGACGGCUUCUUCAUCGUUCCUCCCAUUCCAGUGGAGAUUUCAAGUUCUGGCUCUGGUUCAGCGGACUUUGAUUCAGCCUCUGCGGGAGAUAAUUCUGGAGUACAAUUCAACUCUGGAGACCAGAUUACCUCUGGGGAUCAGUCUGGUUCUGGAGACCGGUCUGGUUCUGGAGAUCAGUCUGGUUCUGGAGACCGGUCUGGUUCUGGAGAUCAGUCUGGUUCUGGAGACCAGAUUACCUCUGGGGAUCAGUCUGGUUCUGGAGACCAGGUUAACUCUGUAGAACAGUCUGGUUCUGGAGAUCGGUCUGGUUCUGGAGAUCAGUCUGGUUCUGGAGACCAGGUUAACUCUGUAGAACAGUCUGGUUCUGGAGAUCGGUCUGGUUCUGGAGACCAGGUUAACUCUGGAGAUAUAUCUGGUUCUGGAGGCAAAAUCACCUUUGGAGACCAAGAUUGGUAUACAGAGACUGCAGGGACCAGUGGAGGAUCCAGUUUGGCCAGUGGAUCUGGUUCAGGAUCUGGACCCAGGGUUGUUUUCUCUGGACUCUGCAUUGCAGCAGUAGAGGGCUCAACGUCAGGAGAACCUCAAGAGGCUGGAGAAGGAAGAACAGACGUUCUUAUAUUCCCUUUGUCUGCCGCUGAUUCUGGGGAACUCAGUGGGAGUGGAGAUAUGUCCGGGUCUGGAUCUGGAUUUGACUUCAUUGAAAAAGAUGCUGGACAUCUCACUGGUACGGGUCUUAUCUUGGACCAGGAGUUGUCAGGUUUUAUUAGUUUUCUAUCUGGAUCUUCAUCUGGAAGUGGACGAUCUGGAGACAUUUCUGGAAAUGGAGAUGCUCCGAUCUUAAUAAUAGAUGACAAACUAAUUGAUGCAAAGAAGGAGAACAACCUUGAUGGAGGUCCGUUAGAUUUCAGUGGUUCUGGAAACUUUUAUGGAUCUGGGGUUCUCAGUGGGUCUUCCUCUGGAAGUGACUCCGAGUUUCUUAAUGGUGUGACUUUUAUGGGUUCAGGCUUCACUAAACUUAUUGGGUCACCUUCUGGAGAACACGAGGAGGCUACUGGGGGUUUGUUCUACAGCUCUGGAUCGGAACGUGGGGUGCAGAUAUCUGGAUUUAAAAUCUCAAGCUUCAGUUUUGAUUCAAGAGCUGGAGUUUCUGGAUCUGGUUUCUCUAAAUCUGAAACAUCAACAACCAAAGGCGAGGAAGAGGGCAGUGCCAUAUUUUUCACUCAGGGUCUAAUGACAGAAAUACCUGGAGAUGAUAAGUUGCCUCUGGAGCUGGGAGAAAACUCAGUGCUCUACAGUGGAGAAGCAAGUGGCAACAAUGGUUUCUACUCCGGUGACGGAAACAAGAAUUCAUCUGAGGAUAACACCUUCAUGUCAGGGGUUUCUUCUUCUGGAGAUUCUUCUGAUCCACUGGUGGUGGUCCUACCCGCUCCAUCAGUUGACCCAGCACUAACAGAACCCAUCAUAAGAACAGAGGGAGAUAUCCAUGGACCUGAACUGACACACAACUCCAGAGUUCAUGUUUCUCCAGGUCCAGCAGUUGCCCCUGCAGGAUUAGCAGCUCCUCCUGCUGAAGUCAAACCAGCUUUUGAACAAACAGCAGGUGUCCUAGAAGCUUCCAACCCAUGUGAACCAAAUCCUUGUGGCAAAGCUUCAUGUACAGUAGAGGAAGAAGUUGCUUUCUGCUUUGAGGCAGAAGUGUGCCAUCCCAACCCUUGUGCCAACGGAGCCACCUGUGUGGAGAGUGCAGACUCUUUCAAAUGCUUAUGCCUGCCCAGCUACGGAGGGGAACGCUGUGAGAUCGAGGAGCAGCGAUGUGAAGACGGCUGGACGAAGUUUCAGGGAAACUGCUACCUGCACGUCUCUGACAGGGCGGAGUGGCUGGAGGCGGAGCAACGCUGUCGACACCUGAACGCUCACCUGGUCAGCAUCAUCACACCAGAGGAGCAGCAGUUUGUCAGCGCUCAUGCGCAGGAGAACCAGUGGAUCGGCCUGAACGACAAAACGGUGCAGAAGGAUUUCCAGUGGACGGACGGCUCUCCACUGCAAUAUGAGAACUGGAAGCUGAACCAGCCAGACAAUUACCUCAACCCAGCUGAGGACUGCGUGGUUUUGAUCUGGCAUGAGAACGGAAAGUGGAGCGACGUUUCCUGCAGCGACCACCUGCCGUUCACCUGCAAGAAGGGACCAGUGUUUUGCGGCGCUCCGCCUCUGGUGAAAAACACACGCAUGUUUGGAAACCGGAGGUCGGAGUAUCCGGUCAACUCCAUCAUCCGUUAUCAGUGCAACCCAGGAUUUAGACAGCGCCAUCUACCUGUGGUCCGCUGCCAAGCUGACGGGAACUGGGAGAAACCCAAAGUGGAGUGCACAGAUGUAAAAGCCAGGAACAGAAUAAAACUCAGGAGCAGCAGAAAUUCACCAGUGAGCGGAAAAAACAAAUAAAAUUAAUUUAAGUUUUAAAAAGCAAGAAAAAUCUUUUCACAUAAUUUUUAUAAUAUAAAUUAAAAUGCUUGAAUUCUCAUUCUUUUGGUGCUACGUUGUGGUAGCGCUUGUUAAAAACCCUCAUCCCUUCUCACUAAUAUAUUUAAUGUCUUUAAUUGUUUUAUUUUACAUAAAUGAACUCAAAUUGUUGCUGUUAGUCUUUAUUUUCUUUCAUCACUUUCAUAAAGACAAAGAAUAAGGAAACUUAAGAAAUGAAAGGUUUGGUUUGGAUUUUUUAAGUGUGAUGUUUCUUCAUGGUGGAACUGGGGGCCUGAGACAUGCAAACUAUGGCGCUUAAUACAAAUUUAAUAAUGGACUCAGAAAAAAACAGAUAAGGCUUUUUUUUUUUUUACUUGAUCUAACCUUUGUUCUUUUUUGAGCAGAACUGAUCCAGAUUAGCCUGGGCCGCCGUUUGUGAAGUUGCACAAUCGAAAAGUGGAAGCAACAAUUUGUGUUAUUUAGCCGAUUAAAGGUGGUUUAUUGUUCAAUGUCAUAUUUUCACCAUCAUAUUUAUUAAGUUAUAAAUGUCACAGUUUUGAAGUGAAUAUUUAGAUAGCAAACUGAACAGUUAGCAUAAUACAUAUUUAGUUUGAAGCUAAAUAUUUACUUAGCAAGUGUAAUUUUUAACUUCAAACUAAAUAUUUAGCAUUAAACUAAAUAUUUAGCAAAUAUUUAGCUUGCUAAGUAAAUAUUUAGUUUCAAACUAUAUAUUUAUUUGUGAAAUAUAUUUUGCAUUAAAGUAAACUGUUGGCAAUCUGUUUUGAAUCUAACUAUUGAGUUAGCGAGCUAAAUGUUUAGUUUUGUGCAACUUUGCAAAUGCCAUCCUAUAUGUUAGGGUGCUCAGUUAAAAAAAACACAAAGAGGACAAAAUAUUUACACAUGAAUGUCCAAUAUUUCUUUUAGAUCCCACUAAUAUGAAUGUAGAGCGAAUUCAGCUGAAUGCUUUGGCUUCCAGGUUGUUGUUCUGAAGACAGAAAUGAGCAUUUUUUGACAAAAGUCUAUAUUUAGAGACUUGCAGCAAACAGGAAGAUUUUAGAGGACUUUAGAGUUUAAAGCAGCAGCUUAUCAUGUUGGUGGGAUUAUUUACAGCAUUUUCUCAGUUUUAUCUGAUCACCAUCACCAAUGCUGUGCAGUGCACAAAUUUUUAUAAAUCACUGCUGUAAACCUCCUGGUUCCUUCACUUUAUGUUGUUUGUGCUCGUGUGUUUCAUCACUGUUGUCGUUUGUGGGGGCUGCGCCUCCGUUAAACAGUUUGUCACCUGCUGCUUAAUAAAAUAAAGACGCUGUAAACGUG